AUGACGGACAACAAUGGCUCGUGCGUCCGAAGCGACGAACAAAGGUGUAAGUUCUUGCGGGUCUACGGUAUCUUCCGUUGGUCAUCGCUGAAGAUGUUGUGCAUGGAAGGCGUGAGCUUGCACGAUAGCUUGAUCGCGAAAAUCUUGAGCGGGAGCCCUGUUCUAGAAUCUCUUGUGAUCCGUGGUUGCUGGAGUAUGAAUGAGAUUGAGAUAGAAUCGAUUACCUUGAGAGAGUUGGUGAUUGAUGAUUAUUCUGUUGAUAUUCGUAGAUCAUCCAAGUUUAAACUUUCGGCUCCUCGUUUGCUUGUGCUGCGUCUAUUGGGUGGUUUGUCUUACUGGAACUUCAUCACGUUAGAGGAAAUAUCUUCCCUGGUUGAGGUUGAGGUUGAGCUUGAUCUUGUCCUGCACUUCAAAUAUUUCGGUUCUAUCAGUUAUGCGGGGGAAUGGACUGCUUCUUCGACUGCCUUCAACCUUAAAAUGGCAGAAUCUUUGUUGCGUACAUCUUUUAGUAAAGUGGAGGUCCAGGGGAUUGCAUACUUGCUAGGAAGUUCGCCCCACUUGGAAAAGUUUAUCAUACACAGGACCAAUAUCUUUGGAUUCGAGGAAUAA